AUGUCUCUCCUCAAAACACAUCUCAAAAGUUAUCUCACACAGGUCAGAGGUCAAGGAGUUCUGUUGGCAACAGAACAAGUGAGAAAGAUUGGGGAACCUUCUAGUCCUCAGCAUGCUAACAUACAGCGGUCCAAUAGGAUAAAUGCGGAGGGCAAAUACCAGUCACAGGUCAGCGGGUCUGGUCACAAAGCAUCCUCAAAGCACAAGGCUGGAGUUAUCCAUCAAGAGGGUGGUAAACUUGCAGCCACUGUAGCUCCUACCACACUGCCUCACCUUAGCCACCAGAAAGAUCACCAUCAUAGCCACCACAAACAUGGUCACCAUGAAAAUGACUCCAAUACAUUGCCGCAGCUGAACAAGUCUCAACCCGAACCAAUCACGCGGCAAAACUCCUUCUCCACCACCGCCACGCCCGAUCGCACAAAACGCGACCAAUAUGGCAAUAAGCUCCCCAUGUCUCCCUCGGAGGCCCUAAAGCUGUACAGGAACAAGCUGACGGCCUUUGAGCAGACAGAAAUCCUCGACUACCCAGAAAUCUGGUUCUUGGGUUUGGAGGCUAAGAAGAUAGAGGGCGUUCCUGGUGGUGCACAGAAUAACGGAUAUGAUGAUGAAAAUGGGUCUUACAUCAAGGUCAUGCAUGACCACAUGGUGUAUCGCUAUGAGAUCCUGGAAGUCCUGGGCAAGGGGUCCUUUGGUCAAGUGGUCAAGUGUUAUGAUCACAAGACUGACCAAAUGGUAGCAAUCAAAAUCAUACGAAACAAGAAAAGGUUCCAUCACCAGGCCUUAGUGGAGGUAAAGAUUCUGGAUGCACUACGUCGUAAGGACAAAGACAACCAGUUUAAUAUCAUACACAUGGGAGAGUACUUCUGUUUCCGUAACCACUUGUGUAUUACCUUCGAACUCAUGGGAAUGAACCUAUAUGAGUUGAUCAAGAAGAACAAUUUCCAGGGUUUCAGUAUAGCUUUGAUUCGUCGAUUUGCCUUUUCCCUACUACAGUGUCUGAAGCUGCUGCAGCGUGACCGUAUAAUCCACUGUGAUUUAAAACCAGAAAAUAUUUUAUUACGACAGAGAGGUCAAAGUUCAAUAAAGGUCAUAGACUUUGGUUCAAGUUGUUAUGAACAUCAAAGAGUGUAUACCUACAUCCAGAGUAGGUUUUACCGUUCUCCUGAAGUGAUCCUCGGCUAUCCUUACUCAAUGGCUAUAGAUAUGUGGAGUUUUGGCUGUAUCUUGGCUGAACUCUACACCGGCUACCCACUCUUCCCAGGGGAAAACGAGGUGGAACAACUUGCUUGUAUAAUGGAAGUGUUAGGUUUACCACCCUCACAAGUCUUGGACCAGGCCACCAGGAGGAGACUAUUCUUUGAUUCCAAGUGCAAUCCACGAUGCAUCACCAACAGUAAGGGUAAGAAGAGACGUGUAGGAUCAAAGGAUCUGCAGCAGGCUGUCAAGACCAGUGACGCUAAUUUUCUAGACUUCAUCCGACGUUGUCUGGAAUGGGACCCCAGUAUAAGGCUGACACCAGAGGAGGCCCUGCAACAUGAAUGGAUUAAAGAAGGGUUGGUUCAUCGUAGAGGACGCGAGUCAAAUCGUAAUCAGAAGUCUGUACAUCGAACUUCACCAGCUGUGUCUGAAUCUACCAAUGCCUCGGAGGUGUACAAACCUGAUCCCUAUAAGGUUCCAGCACAGCCCCCUGUAAAGGAACGCCAAAAGAGCGGAGAGAACUGGAAGGUGAACCUGAAGGAGAGAAAGAGUGCCAAAGUAAGGGAACGGGUCCCUCCUGUGGGGGCGUCGGCGGAGCAAAAACACGAUGAAGUAGCUCGAGGCCCGAAUUACUUUACAGCUCCUAGUGCUAAAUCCGUCACCAAGAGUGCUCGCAAACCCCCAGUCAGCACCGCCGAUGCCAACACUGAAGGUCAAGUGGUUACCGAGGAGGUGGUCAAACUCAAUCUCAGCCAACAGCUUCAGAAACAGGACAGUGGAUUGGCUGAUGAUUCAUCGUCCAAUAAAUUCUUGCCACCCAUAGGGAAAUAACUUUGUUUUAAGAAAAUGUUUUUUGUGCAGACUCGCAUUAUA